AUGGCUCAUUCCAGCCCAGAGGUUGCGGCCAACAGUGACACACCUUUACCAGAGACUGACACAGCCACCGAUGGCAAGCACAAACCACCGGAUUAUAAUUUUUUUAAAGAAGAGAAUUAUUUGAAAAACAAUCUUGGUUUGAAUAUUUAAAAACUGACCACACCAAACAAGACAUCUCCUGGUGCUGACCCUAAGCAGUUGGAAAGGACUGGAACAGUAUGGGACAUUGGGUCACAGGCUUUUUGGUCACUCUCAUCUUGCAAACCAGAAUUUGGAGUGGAUCAGUUACAAGAUGACAAUCUGGAAUCUUAUUGGCAAUCAGAUGGCUCCCAGCCUUAUUUAGUGAACAUCCAAUUCAGAAGAAAAACAACAGUUAAGACAUUAUGUAUUUAUGCAGACUACAAAUCUGAUGAAAGCUAUACUCCAAGCAAGAUCUCAGCCAAAGUAGGAAAUAAUUUUCACAACCUUCAAGAAAUUCGGCAACUUGAAUUGGUGGAACCAAGUGACUGGAUUCACAUUCCCUUAACUGAUAAUCAUAGGAAGCCAACUCGUGCAUUCAUGAUACAGAUUGCUGUUCUAGCCAGUCAUCAAAAUGGAAGAGACACUCAUAUGAGAGACACUCAUAUGAGACAAAUUAAAAUAUAUACACCGGUAGAAGAGAGCGCCAUUGGUAAAUUUCCUAGAUAUACAACUAUAGAUUUCAUGAUGUGUUGUUCAAUAAGAUGA